GCAAGCGGUGGCGGCGCGGCCGGCAGGGUCCCGAGCGGCGCGGAGGCCGGCCGCGUACGGUAACGGGUCAGGCGGUGUGCAGGCGAUGACUCCUGCCUGCAGGCCGCGGGCGUUGCGGCCUCCGGGUGCCCGCUGAGCUCCGAGGGCCGGAGGGGGCUGGGCAGGCCUGCGUGGGGCGGGGGACGACGACCCCGCGGCAGGUGCCUGCCCCCAACGGUGACCCAGCUCCUGCUCCCCAGCUCCGCCCUCUUUGGCCAGGACCCAAUCUCCAGGGGCUAAAAAUAUUGCCCGGAGGCUCCCGAGCGGAAUCAGUUGGCGCUAAGUAGGACGCAGGGUGAGGUGACAGAGAUCUUCAGCACCAGGGCCCGAAGAGCAGACUCUAGAACGCGGUCCCGCCCACGCGCGUUCGGCAGCUAGCGUCCUCCCUCCGCCGACAGGUACAUGUGGGGGUCAGCAUGAAGUUGAAAAAGCAGGUGACGGUGUGUGGCGCUGCCAUCUUCUGCGUCGCCGUCUUCUCGCUCUACCUGAUGCUGGACCGAGUACAGCAUGAUCCCGCCAGACACCAGAGUGGUGGGAACUUCCCCAGGAGCCAAAUUUCUGUGCUGCAGAACCGGAUCGAACAGCUGGAACAGCUGUUGGAGGAAAACCACGAGAUCAUUAGCCACAUCAAGGACUCGGUGCUGGAGCUGACAGCCAAUGCCGAGGGCCCGCCAGCCCUACUGCCCUACCACACAGCCAAUGGCUCCUGGGCUGUGCUCCCAGAGCCCCGGCCCAGCUUCUUCUCUGUCUCCCCCCAGGACUGCCAGUUUGCUUUGGGGGGCAGGGGUCAGAAGCCAGAGCUACAGAUGCUAACGGUGUCCGAAGACUUGCCGUUUGACAAUGUGGAGGGUGGCGUGUGGAGACAAGGCUUUGACAUCUCCUACAGCCCAAAUGACUGGGACGCUGAAGACCUGCAGGUGUUUGUGGUACCCCACUCACACAACGAUCCAGGCUGGAUCAAGACUUUUGACAAGUACUACAUGGAGCAAACCCAGCACAUCCUCAAUAGCAUGGUUUCCAAGCUGCAGGAAGAUCCCCGACGACGCUUUCUCUGGGCAGAAGUCUCUUUCUUCGCCAAGUGGUGGGACAAUAUCAGCGCCCAAAAGAAGGCAGCAGUUCGAAGGCUGGUGGGAAACGGGCAGCUGGAGAUUGCAACAGGCGGGUGGGUGAUGCCCGAUGAGGCCAACUCCCAUUACUUUGCCUUGAUUGACCAGCUCAUCGAGGGACACCAGUGGCUGGAGAGGAACCUGGGUGCAACGCCUCGCUCGGGCUGGGCAGUGGACCCCUUUGGGCACAGCUCCACCAUGCCUUACCUGCUGCGCCGUGCCAACCUGACCAGCAUGCUGAUUCAGAGGGUGCAUUAUGCCAUCAAGAAGCACUUUGCUGCCACUCACAGCCUGGAGUUCAUGUGGAGGCAGAUGUGGGAUCCAGACGCCAGCACAGACAUCUUUUGCCACAUGAUGCCCUUCUACAGCUAUGAUGUACCACACACCUGUGGCCCUGAUCCCAAGAUCUGCUGCCAGUUUGAUUUCAAACGCCUGCCCGGUGGGCGCAUCAACUGCCCUUGGAAGGUGCCGCCCCGAGCUAUUACAGAGGCCAACGUGGCAGACAGGGCAGCCCUGCUCCUGGACCAGUACCGGAAGAAGUCCCGACUUUUCCGCAGCAACGUCCUCCUUGUACCACUGGGUGAUGACUUCCGCUAUGACAAGCCCCAGGAGUGGGAUGCCCAGUUCUUCAACUACCAGCGGCUCUUUGACUUCCUCAACAGCAAGCCUGAGCUCCAUGUGCAGGCCCAGUUCGGGACCCUCUCCGAGUAUUUUGAUGCCCUGUAUAAGAGGACAGGAGUGGAGCCCGGUGCCAGGCCUCCAGGGUUUCCUGUGCUGAGUGGAGAUUUCUUCUCCUAUGCUGACCGGGAGGACCAUUACUGGACAGGCUAUUACACUUCCCGGCCUUUCUACAAGAGCUUGGACCGAGUCCUAGAAGCCCACCUGCGUGGGGCAGAGGUUCUAUACAGCCUGGCUGUGGCUCAUGCCCGCCGCUCUGGACUGGCUGGCCAGUACCCGGUGUCUGAUUUUGCUCUUCUGACGGAAGCUCGGCGCACACUGGGGCUCUUCCAGCACCACGAUGCCAUCACCGGAACUGCCAAGGAGGCGGUGGUGGUAGACUAUGGAGUCAGGCUGCUGCGGUCCCUGGUUAGCCUGAAGCAGGUCAUCAUCAAUGCUGCCCACUAUCUGGUGCUAGGAGACAAGGAAGCCUACAAAUUUGACCCUGGGACACCCUUUCUUCAAAUGGACGAGAGCCGUUCAAGUCACGAUGCCCUGCCAGAGCGCACAGUGAUCCAGCUGGACUCCUCACCCAGGUUUGUGGUGCUAUUUAACCCGCUGGAACAGGAGAGGCUCAGUGUGGUGUCCCUGCUGGUCAACUCCCCAAGGGUGCGAGUCCUUUCCGAGGCGGGUCAGCCCCUCUCUGUGCAGAUCAGUGUGCACUGGAGCUCGGCCACUAACCUGGUCCCCGAUGUCUACCAGGUGUCAGUGCCCAUCCGCCUGCCAGCCCUGGGCCUGGGUGUGCUGCAGCUGCAGCCAGAUCUCGAUGGGCCCUACACGCUGCCGUCUUCCGUACGCGUCUACCUGAACGGUGCGAAGCUGUCCGUCGGCAGGCAAGCAGCCUUCCCUCUCCGUGUCAUGGACUCCAGCCCCAGUGACUUUGCCAUCAGCAAUCACUACAUGCAGGUCUGGUUCUCCGGCCCUACUGGGCUCCUCAAGAGCAUCCGAAGGGUGGACGAGGAGCAGGAACAGCAGAUGGACAUGAAGUUCCUCAUCUACGGCACCCGCACAUCCAAAGACAAGAGUGGUGCCUACCUCUUCCUGCCGGAUAGCGAGGCUAAGUCCUACGUCCCCAAGAAGCCUCCUGUGCUGCGUGUCACCGAAGGCCCGUUCUUCUCGGAGGUGGCUGCAUAUUACGAGCAUUUUCACCAAGUGAUCCGACUUUAUAACCUGCCAGGGGUAGAGGGGCUGUCUCUGGACAUGGCGUUCCUGGUAGACAUCAGGGACUAUGUGAACAAGGAGCUGGCCCUGCGCAUUCACACGGACAUUGACAGCCAGGGUACUUUCUUCACAGACCUCAAUGGCUUUCAGGUACAGCCCCGGCGGUAUCUAAAGAAGUUGCCCCUGCAGGCUAACUUUUACCCCAUGCCCGUCAUGGCCUAUAUCCAAGAUGCACAGAGGCGCCUCACACUGCACACCGCCCAGGCCCUGGGUGUCUCCAGCCUCGGUGAUGGCCAGCUGGAGGUGAUCUUGGACCGACGACUGAUGCAGGAUGACAACCGGGGUCUAGGCCAAGGGCUCAAAGACAACAAGAUCACCUGCAACCACUUCCGCCUCCUGUUAGAACGGCGAACCACGGGCCAUGAGGUCCAAGAUGAACGCUCUACCAGCUACCCGUCCCUCCUCAGCCACCUGACUUCCAUGUACCUCAACAUGCCUCCGCUCUCCUUGCCUGUGGCCGAGAGGCAGGCCACCAGCCCUGCUCUGCGCUCUUUUCACCCUUUGGCCUCCCCACUGCCUUGUGACUUCCACCUGCUCAAUCUGCGCACGCUCCCAGCUGAGGACACCCUGCCCUCGGCUGAGGCCGCACUCCUCCUACACCGCAAGGGUUUUGACUGUGGCCUUGAGGCCAAGAACCUGGGCUUCAACUGUACCACAAGCCAAGGCAAGCUGGCCCUGGGGAGCCUCUUCCAUGGCCUGGAUGUGGUGUUUCUACAGCCAACCUCUUUGACCUUGCUGUACCCUCUGGCCUCACCCUCCAACAGCACUGACAUCUUUCUGGAGCCCAUGGAGAUUGGCACCUUCCGCCUCCGCUUGGGUUAGGUUAGGGCUUCUUGUGGCCUGAAGAGAAAGUGCAUCCACAGAGACUGCCUCUUAGCACCAGGAUGGGUUGGGCAGGUCACACUAGUACCACAUCCUGUUCUGCCUCUCAGAACUGUGACGGACUGGGCUCUGCCCUUACUUUGUCUAUUGCUGCUUCUGUGUUUGGGACAAUCCGCACAUCGGUGGUGGGCAGAUGCCGGUGAGACAAGGGAAAAGAGUUUCUUUGGGUUGUGAGUAGGUACCCAGCGGGGCACAGGCUCCGGCUCCCAUUCUUUUCCCAAAAUGGGAUGUAGGAAGAGUCGGGGCAAACAGAAGAGGUCAAGGAAGCUGAGGGAACAGCCCAGUGCCAGGUGACUGCAUUUAGGAGCUAGCUCUGGGGGAGGUCCUGUGGUGACAGAGACCCCGCAUGUCCUUCUGCGAAGCACAGGAGCAGAAAGAUUCUGGGAGAAGGGCAUAGGGUCCCAUGAUUAGUGAAGUAGAGGAGCGGAAGGGAUCCCUAGCUCUCCCAAGAGCCUAAAGACCUUGCUGCUUUCCACUCUGCCUCUGCUCUAAGUGCCACUGAGCCUGCUGGGCGGCAGGAAGGAUUUGCUUGGGACUCCAAAUCAAGGACAGAGGCCAUAGAACACUUCGGGUGCCCAUGCCUGCCCUGCGCUUGUCGUCUGGUGAUGUGCUGGUUGGUGGCAGGGGUGAGAAGUAUCUCCCAUCCUCCCUGCUGCUUCAUCUCACACACUGCUCUCUACAAGUUCCUGUCAUGGGGUUCUGGAAAGUUCCUUUCCCUAGAAAGGAAACAGAGCUGCCAAGACCCCUGUGCUUGGGUAUCUUGAAAAGGCACCCCAUGCUGGGUCCAGUGGCAGGUUGAGAAGGUUCAUCUUUGUUCCAUCUGCAGAAUUAUUGCCUUCCUGGUGUGUGGGACAAAGAAAAUGGAGAAAAAAUUA